GUUUUCUCCGUAAAACUCUACUCCAAAUCCAUACUAUAAUAAUGGACUUCUUCUGCCUUCUAUUCCGCCAUUCUUAUUUCCUCCCUUUCUCCUUAAACCCUCCCGCCGCCGUCGCCUCCGACAAUGAAGCUCUCAACUCUUUCUCUUCGCCACCACCAAUUCCUCCCCGGCACCGCCGCCAUCCCCACUCCCCGUUCCAUUUCCUCCUCCGCCUCCGCCUCCCGCGUCCGCAUGUCGCUUCGUGAGGACGCCCCCUCAGUCGCCAUCGUCGGCGUCACCGGCGCCGUGGGCCAGGAGUUUCUCUCCGUCCUCUCCGACCGCGACUUCCCGUACCGCUCCCUCAAGCUCCUCGCCAGCAAGCGCUCCGCGGGGAGGGGCCUCGCCUUCGAAGGCAAGCAGUACACCGUCGAAGAGCUCACCGAGGAAAGCUUUGAAGGCGUCGACAUUGCUCUGUUCAGCGCCGGCGGGUCUAUUAGUAAGAAAUUUGGCCCGAUAGCGGCUCGGAAGGGGACCAUUGUGGUGGAUAACAGCUCUGCUUUUAGGAUGGACGAUGGCGUGCCGCUAGUGAUCCCGGAGGUUAAUCCAGACGCCAUGGCGCAUAUUAAGGUCGGGUCUGGGAAGGGAGCGAUCAUUGCCAAUCCCAAUUGCUCCACCAUUAUUUGCUUAAUGGCCGCCACGCCGCUUCAUCUCCGGGCUAAGGUUAAACGUAUGGUCGUUAGCACAUACCAGGCUGCCAGUGGGGCUGGUGCUGCAGCCAUGGAAGAGCUUGUUUUGCAGACUCGUGAGGUCUUAGAAGGGAAAGAACCAACCUGUAACAUCUUUAAGCAGCAGUAUGCUUUCAACCUAUUCUCACAUAAUGCAUCUAUUCAAUCAAAUGGUUACAAUGAAGAGGAGAUGAAAUUGGUAAAAGAGACUAGGAAAAUAUGGAACGACAAGGAUGUUAAAGUGACGGCAACGUGCAUACGAGUUCCAGUUAUGCGUGCUCAUGCCGAGAGUGUGAAUCUUCAAUUUGAGAAACCCCUCGAUGAGGAGACGGCUAAGGAUAUUCUCAAGAAUGCACCGGGCAUAGUAGUCGUUGAUGAUCGAGCUGCAAACAGAUUUCCCACCCCACUCGAAGUUUCCAACAAAGACGACGUUGCAGUUGGGAGGAUACGACGUGACAUUUCCCAAGAUGGGGACUACGGGUUGGACAUCUUUGUCUGUGGUGAUCAAAUACGCAAGGGAGCUGCCCUUAACGCUGUUCAGAUUGCAGAGAAGCUGCUAUAGGUUGAAUACACACAGCCAAAAGAAAAUUUUACCAUCUCACUUGAAUGCCCAUAAAAGGGCAGAUUUAUUGGAACAGUUUUUAUUUUUUGCCUGUGGAGUUAUGAAUGUUGUCCAUGUUGCAGAGUAGAUUUUUGUUUGAAAGUUUUAAUAAAAAUUAAAGAUAUGUUUUAUUUGAA